AGGCGCACUCGCACACGUACACGAGUGGAAAAACAGAACGCGACAAUCGUCUGAUCACAGAACGCACGUACAUGAGCGAACACAAUUUCUUCCAGUUUUUUUAGCUUCCAAAUCUUGGAAUUUUACUUUCAUUCAUCAUGGCAGCGGUGGCUAUGACGAAUAUAACGCAAUUACUUCAAGCUGCAGAAUUCUUGGAGAGGAGAGAAAGAGAGCACGGGUAUGCAUCUACAAUGCCAUACAAUCCAGAAUCUACGAGAAGAAAACUCAAAGUAAAGAGGCUUCAUUCGAACAGUCGGUCCUCACACAAUGAACUAGAGAAGAAUAGGAGAGCGCACUUGCGAAACUGCCUUGAAAGGCUAAAAGAAAUAGUACCUCUGACAACAGAGUCCGCACGCCACACUACAUUGGGGUUACUAACUAAUGCCAAGGACUUCAUCGCAAGUCUUGAGAGGGAGGAAAGCAAGUAUAAGUUACACAAAGAGAAACUCGCCAGGGAACAAAGAUUCUUGAAGAGGAGAUUGGAACAGCUCCGGUUAGGCAGACACAAGAUCAGACAAGACAGUACAGGCAGUUCCUCAUUAAUGUCAGACGAUUCAGAAAAAGAUGAAGUCGAUGUCACUGGUUACAACAGUGAUAGUGACUUGAGCAGUUCAUCUGAAAUGACAGGGAGUGACGGUGGCCUUGCAGUGAGUACCAAGGAAAUCAUCAUUGUGGAACAAACUCUCUGAGAAGCUUCAGUUUUGUGAAUAUUCAGCCAGUGAGGUCAAGACAAUGAAUAUUCAUGUUGUGGUCACAGACUCUAUCAAAUGAACAUUCACUAAGUGACCAGGAUCAUGAAUAUUCAUGUAAUAGCAGCCUAUUACAGAAAGUCAUGCAUAGGUGUAUGGUGCAAACCCCCUCUGAGCUGAUGAGCCCCAUGAAUAGUCAUCAACCAGUGAGAUCACAUUCCUGGAUAUUUAUAUGGUGAUCAGAUUUGAAUGUUCAUGUUUGGCAGCCAUAUUAAGAGAGUGUUGGAUGUGGGUGUAUGGUUUUACUGUGAAGUACAGAGCAAGCAUUGAGACAGGUAAACAAAUUUUCACCUCUACUAGAAAUUAAGCUGUGUUAUUUAUGUAUUUAUUCUAUUUAUGCAUUUUCGUAAUUAAUUGCUUCAUAAUGACUGUUAGUGUUAGAAAAUUAGCCGCUUACAUAAAAUUAAUUUCAUCCUCAGAGGACACAAAUCCAUACAGAAUUUAAAUCUUCCUGAACUGACAGUCUGAUGAGAAAGUACAAAAAGGGCAUCAAAACAAGAGAAAAUGACCAAAUUUUUCCCACAUUUUCCACACAGCAGCCUCGCUAUUUAUUUAUGAGCCCAGAGGACUAACAUUAAAUUGCCACCACGUCACACAAAGCGUCCACAGCAUGUGAUGGUGGUGUCACAUGUUCAGAUGCUGGACUUGAUAAUGAAUCUGUCCACUUGUGACUGGGACCGAAGAGAGCAUGCUCAGAACUGCUCCCUGUGCCAUGCCUGAAAAGACCUUUGUAACAACUGCAGCGUGUAAUGGGUUGAGAUGACAUUGUCACUUGUGUGUACAGGUGAUGGCAGAUACCCUUAUUUGCACACACCUUACAUGUAGAUGUCAUGACAUGAUGUUUGGGGAAAGGGGUGGUAUUACAGGUGUAAGAUUAGAACUGCAAGGUCCCGUAGUGCAAUCUGAAAGAGAUUUGCUCAGCAUUCACUUCCACCAUGCUGCCAAAUUUGGCAGACAAGGUCGACACAGAAAUAAAGAAACUGAUCAGUUUAUUUCCUUGGAACUGAGUUGUGACCUCAAGGUAACUUUGUGUGGGGUACAUGCUGUUUGUGGUGUUAACCAGUCUCAUAAAGAUGAAUACCGUGACCAGGAAACAAUGAAUGUGGAAAUGAUGUUGGCAUGUAGCCAAAGUGACUCUCUCCCUUACUGCGCACACAUGGCGUUCUUGGCAGAAAUUCAAGGUGGACAGAUGCCAAUAACAUUUUUUCAAGAUUUUUUUUUUAAAUACAAGCAAUGUUUUUUUUUUAAUACAUGCUGUGUAGGCCUGUGUAGGCAAAUAACAUAAUAUAGCUGUGUAGCAUACCAGCUCCAAGGCUGACAUGCACUGAACGACUUUGUCCAAUCCUAUUCAUUAUUCACUCUCUUUCACACAACACCCAUCCCAGUUUAGUCAAUGAAAAACAGACAAUCCACAGCACUGGGUCAGUGCCCUUUUGUCUGUCCCCAUGGUCAGUCUAUGGAGGUAGUUCCAUGGUCAUUCUAAGGGAGUGUAUCCAUUGUGCCCUGGUGUCAUCUUGCUUCAGGGUUGUAGAGUUAUUAUGAAAACCAUAGAAACUGUCAACUUUCCUUGAAUGCUAGUACAGAUAAGAUACUAUCUUGUUUUUCAGCCAAGGAAACCGACAGUCUGAAAAAAAGAAACCUGGGUCACGAUGUCUUGUGUUUAAUCUUAUUGUAGCUUUGAUGUGCCUCUUUUGUAAUACUUUCUCACCAGAUUGGCAAAUUAAACACACCUGAACCUUUAUUUUUAAUUCAUGAAUGUAACGAGUUGGGCUUAAAAGCUCUAAACCUCAGAGUGAAUUUGAAUCAUAUGAUAGCUUUAAAAGUUCUUACUUUAAAAGAUUUUAUUUGGUUUACAUGAAUGUAUUAAUUUUAUUAUUUUUUUGUGCUUCAGUUUUUACUUGUAUAAUCUUGAACCAUUCCACUUUCUGAGAUUGUACCAGAUUGCUUGCCCUGUCGGAAACUCCAAACCAAGGGGAAUGGAGAUUCAAAUUUUGUCGCUACGACCGAUUGAAAUGACUUCUCCAAAAGCUUGCAUUUACCCGUGGUACAAGACAUGUACACAUGGCAUAGAAAUGCUGCUUCUUGCAGUAUUAAAAGGGUGACUGUUAUUGAUGUCCGUGGAUUCUAGAUGCGAGUGCGCAUUAGAGCCUCCUGGCAGGUUUAAUCAGGUAAUGCCCAUGCAGAAUCAUGCACUCCUCCACUCGGGCUGUGCAAUUUCUACUGACCAGCUUGACCAGUGCCGUGUAUUAGUCUCGAUAUCCAUGGCAUGAUGGGCGUCAAGUUGCAGCUGCUAGAAUAUGGCACCUCACCGCUGGUCAAAAUCUCAUUGAUUUUAGUGCGCUGCUCCGGAUCUUUGUUGUGGUUGAGUCAAAAAAGACACUUUAUUAUUACAUUGGGAAUGGGAUUAUUACUGACUGUCAUUACAGUGAUACACUGUGGAUUGAAAAUUAGCAGAAAUGCAAAGGACAGAAUAAAACCCUCAAUAAUUGAUUUUGGUAUUUACAAAUGGCAAAAUCAUCAGGAAUUUACAUAUACAUGGCAUUGUGAUGGCCUGUGCACACAAUUUGAUCCUGUCCGCCAGUAACAAUCAAUUUCAUCGUCACUGCAUCUCCCCUUGGGCAGAGAGAAUUUAAGGGGGAGGGUUACCUGUGAUGCUUGCUCUGUGUUUUAUCAGUAGAUUGUACCAGAAAUCAACAAAGACCUCAGUGUGUUCCUCGUGCGUAGCCCAAAAAUGCUGCAUUAAUACGUCUUUGUUAAAAAGACUUACAGGCACACACAGUUGAUUUUGUUUCCUUAAACAUAGGGAGAAAAACCCUUUAAAUUUAUCUUUUUUUUUUGUUUUUUUGUGUUUUUUUUGCGCCAGUCCAUUUGCCAAAACAGGUAGGGACCGUACUCUCUGUACAUUGUGAUAUUUACUGGUCUUUGAAGUUCCCCUUCGAUAGAUGAUUUUUGCUGUUCUGAGUAGGGAGGCAGUUCAUAGAAAUAAGGUCAUGAUUUGUUGAUUGGUUGGUGUGUGUAAAUGCUCUUAUAAGCCUAGAUGUGUUGCGAAUGGCAGGAAUUCCUCAAAUCUUUGAUUCAAGCUUUUGAAUUACAUGUAACCGCCUAUUUUUUUAUUAUUCUGAAAGUCAGUAUUUAUUUUAAAAGGCAUGCAUGUUCUUACAUAAUUAUGAUUUGUACUGCACAUAAAAUAGGAGCACAGAAAGGGAGUAUUUU